AGCGGGGACGGUCGGAGGCAUCCUCUGCCCAUGAGGGCCUGAUGGAAAACACAAAGGAUCUGACUGAACAUCCUUCAAGGUCAGAAAGGAAGAGACGUGAUUCAUUCGGGAUGUUCGAUGGCUAUGAUAGCUGCAGUGAGGAUACAAGUAGUAGUUCUAGUUCUGAUGAAAGUGAAGAAGAGGUUUCUCCCUUACCUUCCAAUCUCCCGAUAAUCAAGAACAAUGGGCAGGUUUACACUUAUCCAGAUGGCAAAUCUGGCAUGGCUACCUGUGAAAUGUGCGGGAUGGUUGGUGUCAGAGAUGCCUUUUACUCCAAGACCAAGCGCUUCUGCAGUGUUUCCUGCUCAAGAAGCUACUCAUCGAACUCUAAGAAGGCCAGUAUUCUGGCCAGACUUCAGGUAACGGGAAAACCUCCCACUAAGAAGGCUAAAGUGUUACAAAAACAACCUUUAGUUGCUAAAUUAGCUGCAUAUGCUCAAUACCAAGCAACGGUACAGAACCAGUCCAAGACUAAAACAGCAUCUGUUCCAAUGGAAGGUUUCAGUUGGGGCAACUAUAUCAAUAGCAAUAGUUUCACAGCAGCUCCUGUGAAUUGUUUCAAACAUGCACCUAUGGGGACAUGCUGGGGUGAUAUCUCAGAAGGUGUGCGUGUGGAAGUCCCUAACACAGAUUGCAGCCUACCUACCAAAGUCUUCUGGAUUGCUGGGAUUUUGAAAUUAGCAGGUUACAAUGCUUUAUUAAGAUAUGAAGGCUUUGAAGGUGAUUCAAAUCUUGACUUCUGGUGUAACAUCUGUGGACCUGAUAUCCAUCCAGUUGGUUGGUGUGCAACCAGUGGGAAACCUCUAGUUCCACCACGAUCCAUUCAACACAAAUAUACAAAUUGGAAAGCUUUUCUGGUAAAAAGACUCACCGGUGCCAAAACUCUUCCUCCUGACUUCUCUCAGAAGGUAUCUGAAAGUAUGCAGUAUCCUUUCAAGCCUUCUAUGAGAGUAGAAGUUGUCGAUAAAACACACCUCUGCCGAACACGGAUAGCAGUUGUUGACAGUGUAAUUGGAGGCAGGUUAAGAUUAGUGUAUGAAGAAAGUGAGGACAAAACAGAUGACUUCUGGUGCCAUAUGUACAGCCCACUCAUUCACCCUAUUGGUUGGUCUCGGAGUAUAGGACAUCGAUUCAAAAGAUCUGAUAUUACCAAGAAGCAAGAUGGUCACAUUGAUGCACCCCCACAAUUAUUUGCUAAGGUAAAAGAAGCUGAGUCCAGUGGAGAAUGGUUCAAAGAGGGGAUGAAAUUGGAAGCCAUAGAUCCCUUAAAUCUUUCUGCUAUAUGUGUGGCAACAAUUAGAAAGGUAUUAGCAGAUGGAUAUCUUAUGAUUGGGAUUGAUGGAUCUGAGGCAGCUGAUGGGUCUGACUGGUUUUGUUACCAUGCAAUCUCCCCUUCUAUAUUCCCUGUUGGUUUCUGUGAAAUUAACACGAUAGAACUAACUCCACCCCGAGGUUAUGCAAAGCUACCUUUCAAAUGGUUUGACUACCUCAGGGAAACAGGUUCAGUAGCAGCCCCUGUCAAAUUCUUUAACAAGGAAGUUCCAAACCAUGGGUUUCACGUUGCAAUGAAACUGGAAGCUGUGGAUCUCAUGGAACCUCGUUUAGUAUGCGUGGCCACAGUAACUCGCAUAAUCCAUCGUCUGUUGAGGAUACAUUUUGAUGGCUGGGAGGAUGAAUAUGAUCAGUGGGUAGACUGUGAAUCUCCUGACCUCUAUCCUGUAGGGUGGUGUCAGCUAACAGGUUACCAGCUACAGCCUCCUGCAUCACAGUCUUCAAGAGAUAGCCAAUCAAGUUCAUCAAAGCAGAAGAAAAAGUCUAAAUCACAGCAGUACAAAGGACACAAGAAAAUAUCUUCACUGCAGCUAAAAGAGGAAUUGAUAGAUGGAGAGGAAUACAGCUUUCUUCAAGGAGCUUCUGAUCAGGAAAGCAAUGGAUCAGCCAGCCAGUACAUCAAGCAAGAACCCUAAGGGUAAAUCUGAACAGGAUGGUACAAAACAAGGCUUCCUUAAGACUGAUGUUCCCAUUCAGAUGUUACCAUUUGAUGGCUUCUACUAAGGGCACUUUGCUAACUGCGGUUAAGAUUUCAAUUCAGAAUUUUUGGAGGACAAGAAAACUAUUUUAGUGGGGGGGAAAGAAUUUUCAAUUUAUUAAAAAUUGACAUGUUUGUGUUGUAUUUGAAGCUUUUGAAAGAAUUUUUGUAAUAUUUUCAAGUUCAGAUUGUUAAAAAAAAAGAUACUCUAAUUUUUUGGUAAGAAUUAAAAAGCUUAAUUAUAGCAGGAUUGCAGGAAACCCUUUGAGGAAGAUGAGAUGGUAGAAUAGUUGAAAACACAAAUGAACUGUUUGUGAUGAGUGAACCUUCUGGUACAAGCUGGGAGCUUCUGAACUGAAAAGCUACACUAGUCAUGCCCUGUCUUUUCCUCAGUGACAUCAUGAGACACGGUGAUGAAGCGUAAGAAAAGAAAUUGAAAGGAUGGAGUAUUAAAAUGUUUUCUCCUGGCACAGUGAUAUACUGACAAAUCUGCUUAAGAUUUUGGAGAAUUAAGCUUUGGUCUUGUCUUCAUUAAAGUUAUUGAGGCUGUUACUUGUUAAUAUUUUGAAGUACUGAGAUAUUCACACAGAUGAUCAGCAAAGCUCCCAUAUGUCAACUGGUAUAUGGGACAUUUUGUUUUUUCUUGUGCAAGGAACUGAAAGCUCUUUUUCUAGUGAAACAGCAACAGAUUUGAUUUCCAUCCUGAUGGAAGACACACCCUGAAACGAUGCAGCAGUCGGCUCCUGAAGACGGCAUUACUCUUCUCUACACAUUUGGAAGAACUUUUGAUUGUUGCAAACUGAGCUGGUUUGCCCGAAGAUGCUUUGGAGCCUGUGUUGAACACAGUAUUUUCUUGGCUGCUGAUACCUUUCUCAAGAAUUUGUCAUAACUAGUGUGGCAUGAAUGCUGAAUUUCUUGGAAACUGUUCCUGGAUAGUUAAAUCUGUAUGGAAGUUAACAGAUGGAAUCAUUCACAGAACUUUAAAAUGUUGACAUUUCCAUUCUGGUGUCAUGACGGGAUGAUAUAUGUCACAGAGUUUUGCUUUUACCAGUAAGGUUCAUUUACUAAACUCUCAGGAAUUAACUGCUUAUAUUCUGUAAUUGCUUCUGGGUCAUAGCAAGUCGACUUUAGAGCAGUCUGUCUGAUUCUUGUUUCAAGGGUAGGGUUUAGAAAAAAAUUAAUUCUAUAGAUUAACCUCUACACCCUUUAAAUCUAAUGCUUUAUGACUAGCAACUCUCCAAGCCCCAGAGACAAUUUUUGGCAUAUAAAUGUUUUAAAUUUUUAAACGCAUAGAAAGUUGAAAACCAGCAAUUUUGAUUAUUUUCUUAUCUUUGUUAUUGGGUACAUACCAUUUGUGAUAUGCAAAGGUUUACCACAUUCUAUGCAAGAGGGGAUAAUGGUGUAAAAUUUUGUAGUAACUUCUGGAAGUACAUUUUUUUCCUGUAUUAAUAUAGGACUGUAUGAAACAAUUCCUACUCUUUUUUUUUCUUUUUUCUUUUUUACAUAGCUGGGCCAUUGUUGAAAACUGCUUCAUGUAUGCAUUUAAAAAACUGAGUAUCGAGUGUCAAAUAUUGUGAAUAUAAGUGGAAACUGCAUACUGUAUUGUUAUGUCUCUAAAAAGAUUAUGUUCAUUAUCCUUAGAAGUACAAGGGGCGAUCUGGGCUUAGCUGAUCUGCCUUCUUCCUUCUUUUCCUCUAGGAAUAUAUUUCUCUCCCUCAUUCACAAGUGCUCCAUUACAGCUGUUUUUCAAACUUCCCUGGUUUACAAAGCAGUUCAUGAUGCUACAAAAAAAGAGCUGCUCUUGGGGGAGGGGAGCAAAAAGCUGUAUCAUGUUUGUGUGUACCCAGAUGCGCGCACACGUACACUCAUAUGCAUGCACACUUAAGGAUUCCCUGAAUCACAGUAAUUUUGAAAUCAUAAUUCAGGCAUCAGUCCCUUAGCACAGUAUUUCUUAGGCCAGUGUCUCCCAAAUGUAAAUGAUCCAUGUCAUCAGGCCGUUUACCUGUAGGAUAGAAUCCUUCAAAAGCAAGAUGAGAUUCCAGAAGGAAUUGCAUCGAAAACUGAGUGAUCCAUAUUUUUUUUCCAUCUCAGAUCAUAAUUCUGUCAGCCAUGCUCACCUAUAAUAAUGCAGAACUGAUAGGAUGAAUGUUGUGGUUUGUAAAGGCCACUGUAUAAUAACUGCAUUGUCAGAGACUCUUGAGGACUUGCAGAAUAACAUUUAUAUACCAGGUUCUUCUGAUUUUUAUCAGAAAGAUAAUAUUACUGUGAAAAAGACAUCCUGAGUAAGGUCUGUAUUAAUGGCUUUUGCCUUGAGGCCAGCAUAAAAACUUGGACUUAUGUAGAAAUUGAUUCUUGUUUAGUUAUACGAUCUAAACAAGCUUGAACCAAAAGAACAUACAUUUAGGCACAGUUACUCCCAAUUCCUAGUGGACACACAUUGUGUGUAUUUUGUAUCUGUAGGAUUGGCAGAAAAUCAUGAGGUGCAGUAGUGUUUCCCCAUUCCUGUGCAUGUUAUGAUUGGAGAAUUUCACUAAUUUCUGUCAGUCUUACAUUGGAAUGGCCUUUGUCCAGAUGAACAGAUGCCCUCUUCUACCUCGGAAUAUGGCAGCUCCUGAAAAAACCCACAACUACAUUUAAUCCCUACCACAUCAGCUGAGAACCUGAUGUUGAACCAGCAAUUCUGCAAGAUGUUAGAAGACCUAUAAUUAUGUUUGGGAGAGAAUGGCCUUGAUUACUGCUAUAGUGCAGGUUCUCUGAUUUUUGGAGAUAACUUACACAUUUAUGUCAAGUAGGUACUGCUAUCCUUUCAGGAUUUUCAUUCUCCCAUUUCUACAUCCUGAUACAUGUACCUGAUUAAAUGAAAACCUAAAUAUGAAAACUUUUUUCAAAUCUUGAAAUUCUUUUUCCAUGAAACCCUUGAGUGACACCUUUUACACAUUAGUUGUUCAUUUGUCUUUUUUCUUCAGUGUUCAUUCUGAGUAAUGUUUAUGUGUGGCCUCUUAAAAAACAGCAACCAGAUGACUGUAAACUUUUAGUACCAUUGGUUCAUUUUUUUAAUGAUUUAGUUCUAACAUCUCCAGUUUGCUGUGAACUAAUUACCACCAAUAAACUGGGAUGGAAUCAGAUUGGAGGGGCUAAGUGGAUAUUGCUUUGAGACUUGUACUUCUGCUGUGGGUCAGCUAAUAUUACAGUAUUUGGCACAAGGCAGGAUCUUUUUAAAUAAGGCACCAUAGGCAAGGUAAAUUACAUUGCAAGGGCUCCUUUGUACAGCUCAGAAUAUUACAUCUUUUUCACGCUUUAAAUUUCCUUGCUGAAUCAGAGGAAUACAAAAGCAGUUAUCGACUUCUUGUUCUAUUGAUACUAACACGGGUUUCAGUGUUUGUUUGUUUUUAUUGUUGUCAUUUUUAUGUGAUGUGAACACCUAUUCCCAUCAAUAUUUGUAUUAUGGUGCUAAUAUAUUGGUAACAAUCCUUUAUUGGAAAGGGAUUAAAACUGUGAUUAAAUUGAUUUUUUUUAAUUUUCAUAUUUAAGUGAAAUCUCAGCCAUUUAUAUAAAAAAGGAAAAAAAAGCAUGAGCUUCUGCCUCUGGGAAAAUGAUCAAGGCAGAGGUUAAAAAUGGUUUUUACAUCAUUUCUGUAUGUAUUUGAUAUAUAGAUCACUAUCUGUAUAAAUUUAAUCUUUUAUUUUCUUGGUUAUUUGUGUGGUCAAAUGGGAACAUUUAAAACCUCUAAUGUACAUAACUCAGUGAAAAUUGCUUUUGAAGAAAUUAAUGUUACUUUCAUUUUUAACAGACUGCAGAUUUUCAAGCAUGGAUGUGAAAAAGCAUUAAGAAUAUAACUUUGUGUACAAGAUGAAAAUAAUUCACUAAAUUUGCCUUUUUUACACAAAAUAAAAAUGUUAAAAAGAA